AUGUCAGCGGCAUUGUCGAUGUCCAACGGAACCUACGAUGUACCAAGCCAGGUAUCUCUACAGAGCAGAUCACCAGGAGUUUCCACAUAUAUUCCACCUUGGACCGAGCCGUACAUUAUUGGGGUUGCUGGCUUUUCUGGAUCAGGAAAAACCAGUAUUGCUCAGAAGGUUAUCCUGGAGUUGAAUCAGCCUUGGACUGUGCUCUUGCUGUUCGAUAACUUCUACAAACCAUUGACGCCCGAGCAAUCCAAACAGGCAUUUGCAAACAACUUUGAUUUCGAUGAGCCCGGCUCUAUUGAUCUUGAUCUUAUUGUAGAGACCAUCAAGUCUCUCAAACAAGGCAAAAAGACCGAGAUUCCCGUCUACUCCUUCACGCACCAUAACCGAUUAGACAAGACCAUAACUAUUUACGGUGCCAACGUCAUCAUCAUGGAGGGAAUCUAUGCUCUUUAUGACCAGCGCUUAUUGGACCUCAUGGAUAUCAAGAUCUUCGUUGACACUGACCUUGACGUGUGCUUAGCCCGUAGACUUACUCGAGACAUCUUGUAUCGAGGAAGAGACUUGGCUGGAGCACUCAAGCAGUGGGAGGUAUUUGUGAAACCAAAUGCUGUUAGCUCAGUGACACCCACAAUGCAUAAUGCCGAUAUCGUCAUACCCAGGGGCCUUGAAAACACAACCGCUAUCGAGCUCAUGAUUCAGCAUAUCCAGAAGCGGUUGGCUCUCAAAAGCUCUUUGCAUCUUCGGCGACUCAAGGCGCUUGGACUCAACCCAAAGUAUGAUCUCGACAGAUUCAACAACUUGAAGGUGCUUCCUCAUAACAAUCAUACAUCAGGAAUCUACCUGAUCUUGUUCGACACACAAACUGAUCGUACAGACUUUAUAUUCUAUUUUGACCGCAUAGCCAAUUUGCUUCUUGAACUUGCGAUUGAGCAAAUUACCGCCUACGACGAGAUCGAUGUCAAUUGUUGUAAAGGAUAUACAUAUAAGGGAUUGAGACAGGCGCAAGACAUCGUUGCGGUGAGCAUAAUUCGUUCUGGUGAUUGUUUCAUGAACUCCAUUAAAAAGACUUUUCCAUCGAUAUCUAUUGGAAAGCUUUUGAUCCAGAGUGAUUCCCUCACGGGCGAACCCCAGUUGCAUACCGAAUCGUUGCCCAAAACAAAGGCUGGCGACCGAUUCUUUUUGUUUGAUGCACAGAUUAUCAGUGGAGCGGCUGCUAUCAUGGCAAUUCAAGUCUUGAUAGACCACACUAUCGAGCAAGAGAAUAUCGUUCUCAUAUGUUCACUUCUGACAGAAAUUGGAAUCAGGAGAAUCUUUAAUGUGUUCCCCCAAAUCACAAUUGUCGUGGGUCAGAUCAGCCGCAUGGAUAUUACUGAAUCAAGCCUGGGACUGAGCCUGGCAGUGGAUGACCUGGACGAUGAGGAAGCGGUUCCACAUAGAAGCAAGGUUGAACGCAAUGGAGAGGAGCACCUCAACAGCAAUUCACUGAAAACGUUGGGAAGCGUUCCAUUGGAAGGUGUCAAAUCACGUAGAUUUGCUGACACAGACUGGCCCUUCCGUACCCGCUUCAUAGACUCGUUGUACUUUGGCACUGACUGA